AUGCAGAAAAAAUGUACAGUUUGUGAAGAAACAGCAGAUGCUAAUCAUUUCGGAGCUAUGACGUGUAGGUUAGCUAUAGUAAUUGGCUUUAAUUAAUCAAAAUAUAAAAUGAAGUUUUGCAGAGCAUGCGCGGCAUUUUUUCGAAGAAAAGUUGCCACACGAAAUCGAAUUAUUCGGCGAUGUGAUCGGAAAUGUGUUAUGAAUUCGACGAUGAGAAAAUUAUGCGCAAGUUGUAGAUUUGAACGAUGUUUGAAAGUUGGAAUGAGAGAAUCAGAAGUUCUAUCAAAAAUUUAUGAGCAAAAAAAGCGAAAAGUUGAAACAGACAAUGCAAUAUCAUUGAAAAGAAUCGAAACAUUUUAUACACAUUUAGAAAAUGUGAAGAAAUGUGAAUUUUUACGAAAGGUGCGUCAUUUUUGAAAAGUUUAUCACCAAUAUUUUUUUUUCAGGAAAACUCCUUUCCAAAAAUGGCAAAUUAUAAAGUAUUCAAUGAAGCAUUUAAAAAAUAUGCGGAUCUCAUAACUGAAAAUAUUAUUCUAGCAUUCCCAGAAGUUCAAAGUUUAUCGGAUGAUCAAAAAAACACUUUGUUCAAAAAUUUUACAACAGUUUUUGUGAUAAUCGAAGGAUGUUACAAAUCAAAAAGUGAGAAGAUUUGGAUACUUCCGAAUGGCGAUUAUGUUGAUGAUGAUAAUGCUGUUGAUUUUUAUAAAGACCCCGAGAGUAAAGAUGAUGCACAAAAGUUGUAUGAGUGAGUUUUAUUGUUAUGCCAUUUAGAUAUGAAAUCUAUUCAUUCAGAUUAAACAAAGCAGAAUGGAAAUCCACAAGUGUAAAUCUACGAUCUCGAAUCGCUUCAGCAAAUAUGGAUCGAAAGGAGUUCUUACUAUUAACAGCAUUGGUUUUUUGGGAUGGCGGAUUACCAGAACAAUCAAAUGAUGUCACAGUUUAUUGUCAGGAAAUGCGUCAGAAAGUAAUGAAAGAGUUAUCAAAAUAUGAAAAUAUGAAACAUGAUUCCAUAAAUGCUUCAAUGAGAGUUGCAGAAAUUGUUUUAUUAUUACAAGGAACCCAGGUAACAAUACUUACUAAAAAGUAAAACCAGAAACUUUUUUCAGAGUGUGAUUGAGACGCUACAAAAAUCUUCGAGCUUGACAUAUGUCUAUAAUUUUUUCGAGCAUUACAAGUGUGUUUUUGAUACGAUGAACCUCUGAUUAUGAAAAACAUCAUAAUGAAAUAAUUCAGAUAAUACUUCUUGCCUAUAAAUAUUUGAAUGUUUUUUGCUCGUACAAAUGUUAUUUAUUUUUAAGAAAAAAAAUAAUUAGUUCCUCAGCAUACAAUUUUCCGAGGAAUUGAAAUUAUUUUAUCAAAAAAUCAAAGUAUAUAGUGUUAUUACGCUCACCCGCUCUCAUGGUAACCAUCUAAUUUUUUUUUCAUUUGCCAAAUUCAAUUUGCAUUUUGUGAUUAGGUCCCUUUUAAAAUAAUGAGAAAAUGAUCAAAGUUUGCAAUUUCUGCUGAUUCAUAUAAUUUAGGUGCGUUUAAUCGAAUUUGUUUCCAGUUAAAACUUGUCUUUGAUUCAGAAAAUCGAGUUAUUUAGGGCGAUUAAUUUCACGUUUUUGUCAAUUAUAAUUUUCACUAGAUUAAUUUAUGAAAAAUGAAGAAAAAUUGAAAAAAAUGUAAAAUUAAUCACCCAAAAAGUCUCGGAGUUUUGUCAAUUAAUACGACUGAAUCACCCCAUAAGUAUUCGUAAUUCUUUCAUUAUCUGGUCAAAAAAUCAGAGUCUAUACGUUUUGAACUUACUCGCUCUCAUGGUAACCAUCUCUCUUUUUAUGUUCAAAUUUUUUCCAAAAUUAUUUUAGGUUAUGUGAUUCAUUUCCUUUUUGUCUGAAUAAUCAACAAAAAAAAAUGACUGGAUCUUGCAAAGUUUGCAAUUGUUCUGCUAAUUCAUUCCACUUUGGCGCUUUAUGUUGUAGGUUAGUUUAACUGUUUUUUAGUUAGUACUUUCACGAUAACAACAUUUCAGAGCCUGUUCAGCAUUUUUUCGAAGACGUGUCCUCGAAAAUUAUAAACUUAUAAACACGUGUGAGAAAAAAUGUAGUGUAUCCGAAAAGUUUCGAAAAUUUUGCAAAAGCUGUCGAUUUGAGAAAUGUUUGAAUUCUGGAAUGAGGAUGUAUGAUGUCGUUGAAAGAUUUGCUCCCAAAAAUUGUGUUAUUGAAAAAAUCUAUAAUUUUAUCUCGAAUAGAGAAAUUUUAUGAGAAAUUGGAAGAAAUGAAAACAAUUAAUUUUGGGAAGAAACAACAAUCUGAAAGAAAAUUGGGGAAUUUCCAAAGUUUCAAUGUGAUUUAUGCUCGUUAUUCUGAAAUCGUACUGGAAAAUAUAAAGAUUGCCUUUCCUGAGAUUAGGAAGUUUGAUGAAACACAAAAAAAUAUACUUCUCAAAAAUUUCAUAACUCCAUUCAUAAUUUAUUGAAGGUGCAUUCAAAGCAGAAAAAACAACUUUUUGGAUAUUUCCAAACGGCGAUUAUUUAGAUAAAGAUCGACCCGAAUCGUUUUACAUCGAAAACAAGAAUGACGAAAAGGCAAAAAAGGGCAAAAAGUUAGUCGAAGUUUUUUUUCAAGAUAAAAUCUCAUAUUUUUACUUUCAGCCUAUUUCAACCAUAUUGGGAUAGAAUACACAUUGCUUUUCGUGGACCAUUAGAAGAUGCAAAUUUAAACCAAAUCGAGUUUUUCUAUCUUUUUGCAUUAAUUUUUUGGGAUGAUGGACUUGUUGAUCAAUCAGAAAAAAUGGCUGAAAUUUGUCAAAAAAUGCGGCAGAAAGUUAUAAAAGAAUUGAUUGAUUAUGAAAAUGAAGACAAUUCGGAUGCUGAAACAUCAAUUAGAAUUGCAAAAAUAUUUAUGAUACUUCCUGCAAUUCAAUCAACUCUUCGAAUAAUUGACGAAUCUGCAAAAUUAAAUGCUAUUUAUGAUGUUUAUGAUCAUCAUAAAAGUGUCCAUCAAUCCUUAGGCUUAUAA